GAUAUUUCACUAUUACAUACACGCACCCACACAACAUACAAAUAAUAUAUCUACGUAUUCCUAAGGCGUACAGUUCUCCCAUUGAGGAGGCACCAUGGCCAACAGUGGCCUUGUUGGAGGCCAUGGAAGUGCGUCUCAUAACUAUUCUUUCAAGAUUGUGUUGUUAGGCGAGGGUUGUGUGGGCAAAACCUCUUUGAUUCUUCGUUACGUUGAGAACAAAUUUAACGACAAACACUUCUCGACAUUACAGGCUUCUUGUCUAAAUAAAAAAAUCAACAUUGGUGGCUAACGAGUGAAUUUAUCUCUUUGGGACACUGCUGGUCAAGAGAGAUUCCAUGUUCUAGGACCCAUAUAUUACAGAGACAGCAAUGGCGCUAUAUUGGUAUACGAUAUCACUGACAUAGACUCGUUCCAAAAGGUUAAAAACUGGGAAGAACUUCGCAAAAUGCUAGGGAAUGACAUCUGUUUGUAUAUUGCCGGUAAUAAAAUAGACUUAGAAAAAGAACGGCAUGUGUCUGUGUCCGAUGCAGGAAGUUAUGCAGAGUCUGUGGGUGCCAAACAUUUCCAUACUUCUGCCAAGCUGAACAAAGGAACUGAAGAACUCUUUUUAGACCUCAGCAAAUGUAUGAUUGAAAAAGCUGACAGUAAUUGUCAAAACAAAAGAGGAACAAACAACAGGAAGACGUGAUGGUCGCGGAAGAUGAGAGCGGCAGAGCGGAAGUCGAGUGGCUGCUGUUAAAAAUAAAAGAACAAAAAAAAACAAAAAAGGAAAAAAGAAACAAAAAAAAGUGUAUGUGGAGGUGUGUCCUGAGUUAUGUUGCUGCUACUGCUGUUGUCUUCCCUGUUCUUUCAGGGGGGGGGUGAAGAAAUAAAAAAA